AAGUCUUAUUUUAUAUAUGUAUAUAUAUAUAUAUAUUUGAGGUACUGUUGGGACAUGUGGAUUUUUAGUAGCUAUUGGUUAUAUGGGAUGUAAUCAAUUUCGUGCUGUUCUUUGUUGUAUUCUUGCUGUUGGUUUUCUUGGUUUACAAACAUGUGGUGCAAUUAUUUCACAUCUUGAUAUUGCAUCAAAUUAUGCCGGAACACUUGUUGGUAUUACAAAUACAUUAGCAACAAUACCUGGUUUUGUUGGUCCAUAUGUUGUUGGAGCUAUUACAAAAAAUAAUCAAACAAUUGAAGCUUGGCGUCUUAUAUUUAAUAUUUCAGCAGGUAUUGGUGCUUUUGGUAGUCUUGCUUAUUGUAUUUUAUUCAAUGGUGAAGAACAACGAUGGAAUCGAAUAGAGCAUGAAAAUGAUACAAAUGGACCAACAAAUACUUGA